AGAAUCAUUCAAACACGCUUGCGAAGCAGGCGGGCUCGUCCACCAGCACCUGAUACUAGUGUAGCGACGGUCCUCGUCAUCGGCCGCUUGCUCCUCUAGGGUCGUGAAGAUGGCGUCGAGAUCGAAAUUGGGUGCCUUACGCGAGGCGGCGGGGGUGGACAAGGAUGAGCUGAUUGGCAACUACAUGGAGGGCCUCCGCCAGUCGCAGGGCGCCGGUUUUGGCGGUAGUCAGCAGCUGGUGACGAUGCGGCCCGCGGGCGCGGAGGAAAAGACGCGGAUCAUGAAACUGCUGCACACCAUCGAGAAGGACGUGGAAGAGUUCAUUGAAGAUCUAGAGGUGAUCUCCCACAACAUCGUCGUCCUCGCGAACGAGGUGAAACGGUCGUUUAUUACAAUGAAAAAUGCCCUCACUCCAGAACUUGGCAGCAUUUGUAUUGCAAACCUUUCCAAUGGCAACAUUCCCCGUCUUGCAAAUGUCAGCAUCACAAAUUUUCCAUGCUGAAUAGCUCAAACCUGUGCUGCAAAGGAGCCCACCAGCAGCCGGGUCUGUCAUGCAAAAGACACCUUUCCCUUGCGCACCUAGAUUCUGCAUCAGAAAGGCUCGCAGUCCUUUCAUGCAAGACAGAAAGCUUUCAUAUGGAAACUUUGCAUGAGAAACUGUUGCAAAUUCUGAAAGGGAGCAUUUUUCAUUGUAAUAUCCUUCACGAAGGAGGACGAGGUGUCCAAAGUGCGGGAGUUUCAGGUCAACAUGGACCAGGGGAAGAACUAUUGCGCCAAGGUGAAAAACUGCCUCGCCGACCUGGAGAAGCUGCAGGACCAGAAAAACAAAGCCAGCCAAGCGAUGACCAAAAGGGAGCGCGAGUACUGCCAGUCCGUGCUCGGAACCUCGACCUCCAAAUUCCAAGCCGCCGUCAAAGAACUACUCGCCGCGCAAAACACCUUCGAGAAGGAGGCGAAGCACAGGUAUUUCAUAGCACGUUUGUCUUUCGAUUCCUGGAGGGUCGUAGUUGAGAAGUCUGGGAGGGGGCCUUGCAGAUUCAGGAGGCUUUCCGUCCCGAUUUACAGAAUUUUCAAAGACGAUGAAGAGAUCAGUAGAUAUUAUGAGAAACUUAUUUUCGGUACCCCGUGUGGUCAACUGGCAUCUUGAAGCUGCAUUGAAAAUUUGGUAAACAAUGAUCGUCUUCCAUUCAUCGCGACAUUUACAUUUUGAAUACAUUUACGCUGCCUGUUGUAGGUGCAUGAUCAUGAUGCAUUUUGCUGUAUUUCAAUAUGCCUUCCUCAAAAUAACAGGAUGAAGCUUGCGUUAAGCACUUUAUACCCGGAUGCGUCGAUGGACGAGGUCGCGACGCUUGUGGAGAGCGACAAUACGGCUUUGUUGCAGACCGUGAUGCGGAAGAGGAGCGACGCCAGCGACGACCAAGCGAUGCAAGAGCAGCUGAUGCUGCUGCAGGAGCAGUCCGACGCCAUGCUGGAGCUGGAGAAGUCUGUUCUGGAGUUGAACGACCUGUUUUUCUACCUCUCUUCGCUCGUGGAGCAGCAGGCGCGAUCUCUGCAGUCGAUCGAGGAUAAUGUCAACAAGACCGACCAAUUCGUGGGCGAGGGCGUGCAGCGCUUGGCCCUGGCAGAGAAACACCAGGCGAGCUACGACUGGAAGCGGAAGUGGUUGCAGACGGGGCUGAUGAUCUUGUGCUGCUUCGGCAUCUGCAUCGGCUUGGGUUUCAUCCUGAUGUACUGCCAGCCGGUCUACGACUGCGUCUACGGCACCGCGGAAGCCGGCGUCGACGGAGCCACGUCCGCCGUCUCUGGGAGCGGGGGCGAAGGAGCGAAGAAAGAGAGUUCUUUUCAAGAAGUGCUCGCUCACCAGGAGGUGGUUGCGGCUCCCGCAAAAGUAGAGGUGGAGCCGCAUGUAGAGGUACUUGAUGCCCCCGUCGCGCCGUACGUCGAACCACCUUCCAUAUCGCACCGCGGGGGGUACCUCUCGGUCGUGCGGUCGCGUGCCUCCUUGCUACGCCAACGAGCAGUGAAGAUGGUUUGAGUUCCUCGAGAAGAAAUAUUUGGAAAAUAGCCAUCAUUGCCGCAGGUGAAUUUUUAAGUGCGUCAUCGACAUCGAUGCAAAAAUGCAGCACUAAAUUUCAUCGUCCACCUCCUCCUUCUCAGGUUAGAGCAUCGAUUGAGAACAUGACUCAAAAAUACAAGUUAUCGAGUUCUAUGCGUACGCACUGAAGAACGCAGUCCAAAAAAUCAUACUUAUGUUGUCACUACAGAACGGAUAGGUAUCUGGUACUUUUUUGCCGAACAGCAGCACGAGAACCUGGCGCGACCAUGUGAAUUUCACCCCCCCGGUACGCUGCCACGGAAAUUCGCUACCUAAGAAAAUAUAUUUACAACAUGCGGUUAUUCAUCGUAUCUAUUCUUUUAUUCCCCAGACCACGUUUUCACACAGCUUUCUGCUAUUAUUAAGGAAGAGCUCGUACUGUAAUUCAAUCGACGGCUUCUCGUCGAUGUCUUCAUGAACUGGCUGUCUACUUCACGAGAUGCUCCCGGCGAACGCUGCAAGCGAACAUCUCGCGGUUUCACACUCAGACGCAAAAUGCCUUUGGAAAAAUAUAAACACAGCGCGGCCAUCACCGCCGCAUCUAUGGUGCACUGCAAAUUUUCCUG